AUGGGUGAUUCUCUCAGCAGCUUAACUGGCAUAAAUAACCUUACAAAUCCAUCAGAUAUAUCUAAACUUAUCCACGAAAAAACCUAUGAACUAAGUCAAAAAGGAAUAGGAAUAGCCUUUUUAUGGAUACCUGGACACUGUGGAAUUGAUGGCAAUGAAUUGGCAGAUCAAGAAGCAUCCAAAGCAGCAUCAUCUACCGACACCCAUAUUCUAAAUUUUAGUACAUAUACAGAUUUAAAAAAACUUAUUCAGACAAUUCUAUAUCAUAAAUGGCAAAAUCUCUGGAUAAAACAAAACACCAAAUUAAACACAAUAAAAAAUAAUAUCCAAGUAUGGAGAAACCCUGGAUUAAAUAGGAAAGACGAAACUAUUAUUAAUCGUCUCCGAAUUGGGCAUACCUUCGUAACACACAACUACCUCAUGGCUAUAAAAGCUCCUCCCAUCUGCGAAGCAUGCGGUGUGGAGUUCACUGUCAAACAUAUAAUUAUUGAUUGUUCCAAGUACGCGGACUCAAGAUCCAAACAGUCCAUUCCAUAUCAACUUAGUGAAGCUCUACAACCAGACCUCCAAUCAAAUAUUAACAUAGUCAACUUCUUAAAGGAAACCAAACUGUACAACCUAAUCUAA